GUGAAAUGAAAAGAAAAAAAAUGAUGACGAAAAGAAGUAUCAUUCCAACGACAAAAAAUGUUGAAAAUUUUAAAAUUUACAUUUUAAAAAAUGCAGCAAAAACUUACAAGACUCAUGACUGAAGAAUUUUCUUUUACACACUGGAAGACUUUAGCGGAACUCACACUGAUGUGUAUCAGUGUUUAUAAUAGAAAACGAGCUGGUGAAGCCCAAAGAAUACUUGUGGAGGAUUUUCGAAAUAUACAGACUUUGCGUGAUACAGUACUCCCAGAACUGCUCAACAAUUUAGGUGACAAUAGAAUAAAGAAGUUGAUUGCACAUACAAAUUAAUGAUCAGAGGAAAACUUCACAGAACGGUGGCAGUUAUAAUUCCCCAUUAUAUAAAGAAAUAUUUAACAUUUAUUAAUGACUAUAGAAGUCAGGCUGGAGUAUCGGACGAUAACCCUUAUAUCUUUGGCUUGCCGGGGAAAAUGGUAGGACAGCGAUACAGAACUUUAGAAACGUGUCGAAUAAUUAGAAAGUAUACAGCUAUGGCAAAAUUACAAAAUCCAUGUUCUAUAAGAACAACCCUUCUACGAAAACAGUUUGCAACAAAGACCUCAACAAUGAACCUUCAGGAUCAUCAAAAAGAAACCGUCGUUAAUUUUAUGGGUCAUCAACGAAAUAUACACGACGAGUAUUACAGGCAGCAGAUAGUUGUAGGUGAUUUAAUGAUAAAGAAAAUCUUAGAUCAAGAAAGCCAAAUGACCAUGGACGAAAUUUGUGAAAGAAAUGAAGACAAAACUAUUGAUCCAGAUAUAGAACGACCUCUUGUCACAAAUUGUUCUGUUAGGACUUGCACUGAAGUUGGGAAUUUAACUCCUCCGCCAAGUACCAGUCAGGAACCAGUUUUUACGACUCCAAAAAGUAAAAUAAAAGUUGUUAGAAAAUUUAAUUAUUCUCCAUCAUCCGAACCAUACAGCGGUGGAAGUAGUGAUGAGUGGGACCCCGGAAAUGUUUCCCACAUUCAAAAAACCCUUGGUCCAAUGACUACAAAACGCCGUGUGUGGUUGACACCAAAAAAGUCGACAGCAAAAGUUCUGUUUAAAAACUGCAUAGAAAAAUUAACAGUACCUAGUCUGGCAGAAUGUUCAGAAGCUAUUGCUCACUCAAAAACUCUGCAAACCCGAACGGCGCAGCAAGUAAGGCAGUGGGUGCAACACUAUAUUAAAACCAAUUACUUGAAAUGUGAUACUGCAAAAAUUCGACGUCCCUGGAGUACACCAGAAAAGCAGCUUGUUCGUAAAGCUUUUGGCACCUACAUUGCGGAAAAAUUGUAUCCAUCAGGAUUUGAAAUAAGCGAAUUAAUUAAAAAACAUCCCAUCCUCAGAAGGCGCUCCACAGCUUCUAUAAAAAGUUUUCUGCAACAUGAAAGAUCAAAAAUGUAAUCAUUGUGUUUGCUUUUAUAUGUACCCGUAAUAAAUAAUUAUAA